AUGAAGGUGAUCGGAGCUGCCAAGCCGCGCCCGGCCGUCGCCUGCUACCUGUAUUCGGACAUUUGCGUCGCCGGGCUGAUGGAGCGUUUCGAAAACGGGGUCAUCAAUCUGGCCGGCCGGACGAAAGCGAGCUUGCAGAACGUCUUGCACCAGCGCAAUGGUGCCUGGCCCACGUCAACGCCCUAG